CAUGGCUGCUGUGUGACUGCGUCAUACUUCGUAACAUUUUUCCUUAAAAAAUCGCCUAAAUUACUUUAUAACUUUAGUUAGUCCACGGAAAGGACUAUUUGAUUGUGGAUCUUACCUCUUCGUUGAGUUGAUCCCAGCAAAAAUUAUUAUAUAUUUAUUUUAGCGACAUUUUGGAUCAAUUUCAUCAACCUCGCUUAAACGUGGACAGACAGAAAUGUUUGAAAAAUUCUCUUACAGUCGUAAAACAACUCCGUUUAAUAAAAAUACCAAGAUUAGUGAAGCUGAAGAAGGUACCUCGAGACAAGAAAGAUUUAAAAAAGGACGAAGACUGCAUCUAGACGAAGUGGUAGUAGCAGUAAUGGAGUCACCAGUGGGUAGCCCUGCAGCUGUGGACUCAAACGACUGCGAUUCAACCGACGACGAAGAUCUUCUCAAACCAGCUUUAAAAACAGACACAGAAGAAAACGAGGAUGAAAAAAGACUCAAUAAGACGCAUGUGGACUCCAAAGCUGCUUUAAAUGACCGUAAUUCAUCGAAAAUUGUACAUAAAACGUACAAAGAAAGCAUUCAUGAUGACAACUUUUUAAAACUACAUCUAGAGGAAAUUUUUCCAAAUGAAAAAGAGGAGAUCAAAAGAAAAGCUGUUGAAUUAAGCAGUAGUUUAGAAGAUGCUGUGGAUACAGUUUUGGCGCUGAAAGCUUCAGAGGAAAAUGCUGAUAACAAUGACAGCCUGAUUAUAAGGGAAAGUGGAAAGUCCAAGACAAGGAGGAAGCGGGUGCUUUCUUUUAAUGACAGUGAUUCUGAUGUCUGCCCAACACCAAGCAAGAAAAACAAAUACACUAGUGUUGUGAAGUGCCCAAAUAUGGCCAAUAACAUUACACACAAAAAAGAGUUACAAAGCAAGAUAAGUAAAGAUAACAAUGAAGUUAUAGAAAUUUCUGACAGUGAAGGUAACCAAAUAAAUGAUGAUGGGGGUGAUAAUAGUGAUGAUGAUGGUUUUGAAGAUGAUGACGAGGCCACCAUACUUUCAUUCCUUAAUGAUUCUACAAAGGAGGAGCUCAAUUCAAUUCCUGGAUUCUCUUCCUCAAAGUCCAACAAGUUGAUUCGUCUGAGACCAUUUGAAUCUUGGAAAGAUUUGAAAUCAAAGAUAGAAGCAGCCAAAGGCAUCUCAGUCCAGAUUAUUUGGGAUUGUCAUUUGCUGCUAGAGAAAAGACUGCAUGUGAUAAAACUUAUGAAAAAAUGUGAAAGAAUUGCCAGAAAUAUCCAGAAAAUGCUGUCUGACCAGACCAGUGGAAUUGAAAAUAGUAAUACUGGUGUUUCUCAACCAGGAAUAAUAAACAAGAGUUGCAAGCUCAAGCCAUACCAGUUAACUGGUCUAAACUGGUUAAUAUUGAUGCAUAAACAAAACAUGAAUGGGAUUCUGGCAGAUGAAAUGGGUCUGGGGAAGACCAUUCAAGCAAUAUCAUUCAUAGCCCACUUAAUAGAACAAGGAGAUGAUGGUCCUUACCUGAUCGUAGCCCCUGCAUCUACUGUAGAUAAUUGGAUGAAAGAACUAGAGCACUGGUGUCCAACUGUGAAUUACGUUCAAUACUAUGGUUCGGCUCAAGAAAGAUUUCAUCUUAGAGAAGAGAUUCUGUCUCCAGAUUUUGAGUGCCAGGUCAUCAUCACCACAUAUCAAAUAGUAGCAAGUAAUCCACAAGACCGAAGCCUGUUUCGUAAGCUGGACACUCAUUAUGUGGUAUUUGACGAGGGUCACAUGUUGAAGAAUAUGAAGUCGCAGCGAUAUCAGAAGCUGUUCAACCUCCGGGCCAGGCGCCGUCUUCUCCUCACUGGUACCCCACUUCAAAACAACCUUCUAGAGCUUAUGUCACUGCUUAGUUUUGUCAUGCCUCACAUGUUCGAUGAGAGUUCUGAAGGACUAAGAAUGUUAUUUUCUGACAAACGAAACGAAGAGUCUAGUGUUACAUAUGAGAAAGAGAUACUAGAACAAGCCAAGAGAAUUAUGAAACCCUUUGUUCUAAGGCGCUUAAAAAGAGAUGUUCUUCAACAGCUUCCUCAAAAACAUGAGGAGAUAAUCAUGUGUGAUUUGACAGAUCAACAACGUAUUCUUUAUGACAAAGUGUUUCUGGAGUGUUAUCAAAAAUACCAGCAAUCUGGUGUUCUCAGUCAGAACGGCAAGAACACAAACCUCAUGAUGCCUCUACGCAUGACUUCUAACCAUCCGUUGUUGCUAAGAAACUAUUACACCAAUGAGAAACUCCGAGAGAUGGCUACUCAAUACUGCAGGGACUUAGCACAUCGGGAUUGUGAUCCUGAUCUUGUUUACGAAGAUAUGACCGUCAUGUCGGACUUCGAAAUCGAUAGACUUUGUAAGCAGGAGUAUAAACUGAUACCGCAUAUUUUGGAUCAAGAAAUUUUGUUGGAUUCUGGGAAAUUCAAUGCUUUGGAUUCAGUCUUACCGACCAUGAAAGAACAGGGUGAUCGGGUGCUGCUGUUCUCUCAGUUUACCCUGGUCAUGGACGUCAUAGAAGUCUACUUGAAGCGUAAAAACUUCAGCUUUCUUAGAUUGGACGGCUCUACUAAAGUAGCUGAUAGGCAAAACCUGAUUGACAAGUUCAACAGUGAACCAGACAUUUUCAUUUUCUUACUGUCAACAAGAGCAGGUGGUCUUGGUAUUAAUCUAACAUCAGCAAAUGUAGUCAUAUUAAACGACAUUGACUUCAACCCGUAUAAUGACAAACAAGCAGAGGAUAGAUGCCAUCGUGUUGGACAAACAAGAGAUGUUCGUGUGUAUAAGCUGAUAUCGAGGAACACAAUCGAAGAAGCCAUGUUAAAGUGCGCGAAGAGUAAACUAAAGCUAGAGAAAGAUGUUGUAUCGACGGACGACGAUGAAGAAGAUAUUGCGUUCAUUCUUGGACAGACUUUUACGAAUGCAGAAAGUUCGUGAUAGGAUCAACAGUCGUCCUCGAGAAGGAAGUGGUAGUAAUGUUAGACAAUUAGACUUGAGUUUGCACUGAGUGGGAAACAGAAUACUAUGACUUUUAAAUAGCUUCCCCUCUAAACCAAUAACAAUGCGCAAAAAAAGGCAACAACCAAUCACAGUGUGCCAUAAUGGAAGCCUUUUGAAUGCCUAACUGUUCGUAUUUAAACCAAUCAUACACGACUAUAUCUGCAGACGUUUGUAAAAAUACGAGUUGUGAAAGACCUAAAGAAAAAAGUAAUAUUCUAGUCUCUACUAACAUCCACUUUAAAAGGAAUUCAUCAAUCUCCACAUAGCAGCCAAAAAAGACGGGAUAUUUACAUAAUAUUUAUAUUGGCAAUUGCCUUAAGAUUAAAUGUAAUUUUUUUGUGUUUAUCAUAACGUUUUUUGUAUCCUUUGCGCGAUAAAAAGGCAAAGACCCGGAAGUUCAACCUCGUUCCCUCGUUCCUCUCCAUCCAUUCUCAUGGCACUGGGAACAAGAUGGAAUGCAAUGAGGUAUCAGCCAAUCUCGUACCCAGAGCUAGUACACCGGCGUCUUCCUGUUGACCAAAAUUUCAGAGCACUCUCUGGGCACGUGAUUGAGUAUCAGCCGCCAUUUUGGAUUCACAAUCCAGCUAUAAUGGACUACGUUUUGUACAAAGAAAAGAUCCCAGACUUAAGCAUUAAUUCCAGCUAUGUAUGUUUUCGCCGAUAGUAAGGCUGCAUUUUCUACAAUUUUUUUUUUUUGAAAAAUAGUUUAUAGCAACAAAGAUGGGGAGAUGUGACAUCAUCAAUUCAAAAUGGCGGCUAUUAGAGUGUAAAUAUUGAAGCAAGUGAUCGAUGAGCGCAAAUAUUCGAUUUAAUGAAGUAUUAAUAAUAUUAAGUAAUGAAUGACUUCAAUAAUAAUGUAAUUUUGAAUAAAAAUGUAUUAGUUUGUUUUUGUAAUUCAGAAAGUAUUUGUAAACCAAAAUAAAGUAAAACCUCCAAAUGAUUUGAAA